AUGAAGGAGGCGGUCCUAGAGGGCGGCAGAGCCUUCACCAGGGCGUUCGGUGCGUCGUGGUUUGAGCAUGCCGCCACGGAUCCUCGCUUCAACCGGAUCUUCAACGAGGCCAUGGAGCAGCACUCCAUCAUCAUCACCAAGAAGCCGCUUGAGCUGUACCAUGGAUUCGAGGGCAUUGGCACCCUCGUGGACGUCGGCGGCGGCCUCGGCACCGUCAUCCAUGCCAUCACCACCAAGUACCCGGGCAUCAAGGGGAUCAACUUCGACCUGCCCCACGUAAUCUCGGACGCGCAGCCUUACCCUCGGGUGGAGCACGUCGGCGGCGACAUGUUCGAGAGUGUGCCCUCUGGCGGCGAUGCCAUCCUCAUGAAGUGGAUCCUCAACUGCUUUAGCGACCAGGAAUGUGCCAAGCUGCUCAAGAACUGCUACGGCGCAUUGCCCGACCAUGGCAAGGUGAUCAACGUGGAGUGCAUCCUGCCGGCCAAGGCGCCCAAGCCCGACGCGACCAUUAACAGCGCGCAGGGGUUGAUCAGCAUCGACGUCUGCCUGCUGGCCUACAGCCCGGGUGGCGAGGAAAGGUGUCUCAGGGACUUGGAGAAGCUGGCCAGGGCUGCUGGAUUCACCGGCGUCAAGCCAACAUACAUCUACGCCAACUUUUGGGCUAUCGAGUACACCAGGUAGCUUCAUUUGCUACCCACCCACCUAUUGAUAUUUCUCAUUCUCAUCUAACUUCCACACCAUUUAAUUACUUAAUAAUUAAGG